GAAAGAGUUGGUGGAGUGAGCGUGAGGUAAGUCCACCCCAUGGGAAAGCAAAAGAUAAAUACACAAAAUGGUAGUCCAAGUUUGGGACCGGGGCGACCAUGAGCGGCGGAUAAACCACUGAAUAACGAGCGAUUUAGGCUGAUAAAUUGCGUUUUGACAGACGAUGUCGAGCGAUCCUAAGUCCCAACCGCUCGUUUACCAAAAGUGGAAUACCCAUCAAACAGUGAAUGGAAGAUCUUAUGUGGAACCGAGGGCACCUGAUUUGCGACACGAGUUUGUCUAGAAGAAAGCCAACCUUUCUAUGUUUGAGCCCUCUAUAAAUAUUUCAAAAUUAUCAUGUCGUCUUUAACUUGUCCAAUACUCCAGAAGCUCGCAAGAUUUCUGGGUUUGCAGGCAGAAGAAAAGAAUGUCAGAAGGAGAGUCUGCCUCUGCUAUGGUGCUACACAAGAGCAAAAGGAAGUCAGUAUCAUUUACAGCAGCAAAAAUGCGUUCAACAAUAUCAGCCCACAAGACCAAUCAAGAGAAGAAGAAAAGAGGUCCGAUGCGAAGAAAAACAAGGUGCUGCACCAGGGCUGUUGGGAGAAGCCGUAAUAAGUCCUCCCUUGAGAAAAGAGAGAGGAAGAUGAAAAUGAAAGCUCAAGUGGAGGAGAUGGAAGCGUUUGUGUCAGACAUGAGAACCCACGUGGACUCCGAAAGACGUUUGCUGCUGGAAGGAGAAGCCACGGUGGAAGCGUUUAAAGCACUAGUUGCCCAGAAGAGAGAGGAAAAUAAGCUGCAGUGUGUGAUGAUUUUAUGGGGCGAGCUUCUUGCUGAUCACAUUCAGUCCAAUAUUCUCCCAUAGCCAUAAUCGGCGCUACUUUAUGAGAUGAUCGCCUACUUACGUCUACCUGCCUAUUUGGUGUUGGUUACAGAUGGGGCCGACAACCAU